GGUGCCUGCGUGAAAAAGCAUGCAGCAAGAAGUAACGCGACUGGAUGGCCAGGGCUCUGAUUGGUAGUGCGCUCGGGCAUCACGUGUCUCGGGUCACGGGAGAGACUAAAGCCCCUAUGCUGGGAGUCGCACGUGGGUGACGUUAGGGCCGGCCCUCUCCAGGCUCCCUUUUGUUGACCCAUCAAACAUAAGCUCCUUCUCAGCUCCCGAGGGCUUCAGAAGACAGCAAAGAGCACUGAAUAUUCUGCACACCGGCUGUAAUCCCGGGUUGGCAUCAUCACAAGAAGCCAUGUCCAGGUCUUUCUAUGUCGACUCACUCAUCAUCAAGGACUCUGCCAGACCCGCGCCUCUGGGCGAGCACACAGCGCAGGACUUCUUCAUCCCCAUCGGCAUGCACGCACCGGGUGUGAUGGGUGUCCCUGCGGCUGCAUGUCCGUCCCGGAAAAGCGGAGCUUUCUGCGUCUGUCCGCUCUGCGUCGCCUCGCAUGUGCACUCGCCCCGGGCUGGCCUGCCUCUGCUCAAGGCUCCAGGAUUCCCGAGCGGAGAUGCGCCGUACUGCCAACGGCUCGCACAGCAACACAACACCGCGCCUGUCUGCACGCCCCCUGCUUACAGCGUCACUGACCCACGGAGAUACCACUGCCUCUCCAUAGGUGCGUCGGAUAACGGCCACGUUCAGAACGGAAAGCGCAUGCGCACGGCCUUCACCAGCACGCAGCUUCUCGAGCUCGAGCGCGAGUUCUCCUCUAACAUGUACCUGUCGCGCCUGCGCAGAAUUGAGAUCGCCACAUACCUCAACCUGUCGGAGAAGCAGGUGAAGAUCUGGUUCCAAAACCGGCGCGUCAAGCACAAGAAGGAGGGCAAAGGCGCGCAGCGGAGCGCGCACGCGGGGUGCAAGUGCUCUGGAAACCACGCACCCUACCCGCGAUCAGAGGACGAGGAGUCCCUCUCACCCGCCUCAGCCACCGAGGAGAAAGAGGGGUCGCCCAUUUAACAGAGAAAUGAGAGACACAUAAGGACUCGAUGAUCACUCUAGGACUAUUCACUCUAACUAGCACUUAGUCUUCCGUACGCACGGAUCCUUGGACGUCUCCGAAAACAAGUAGAUUCAGAAAAGUGGAUGUUUAUGGUCUUAUUCUCUUUAUCCGUCACUCUUUCUCCAAAAAAAAUAAUAAUAAUAAAUAAAUAAAUACAGCAAACUCCCCAGGGUUGCAUUUACAUCCAUGUGGUUGAAAUUAACCUUUUUUUUGUAUACAUGUCCAUCUGAGCUUAAACAGUGUAGCUGUGAUUUUAACCCUGAGGAUUUUGCUGUUUGGUUUUUACAACAAAAGUGACGUCUGCGGAUUUUUCUCAUGCGUCUUUUCCACCUAAAACAAGCUUACAGUCUGUAACCAAUGUGCUUGAAAUGAUAAAUGUUUGGCGCAUUUGUGCAGAAAACUGUUGCGCAGUGUAAAUAAACGGGUGCUAAAUGCUUGUGUUAGAUAUUUCCAAAACUGUGAUUUUUCUGCUCGCCCUAAUUUUAUGUUUAUAAUAAGCAAAAAAUAUGUAUAUGUGUAUAUUUGUAUUUAUUUAAAUAAAAAAAAGCAUGGUACCUGGCGGUACUGGCGUAAUU